AUUGUCAAAGGGCCCAUGACGAUUGUUCACAUGGUGGAGAACAUGGUAUCCAAUAUUGUCCAAAUUAUGUCUAGUGAAAGAAAAGAAUUUUCUAUUCAUCAUAGAAACAUUGGUAAGUGGAUUAUAACAUAUUAAACUAUAUUACUUUAUAUAUAAUCUAUUAUUUAAUAUUAAAAGUAACUAUUAAAGUUUUCUUAUUUAUUUUUUUAUUUUUUUGGGGGGGUGACCAGUUUCCUAUUAUUGUUCCAAAUUAUUAGGAUUUCGAACAUUUGUUGUUUGUAAUCUUUGCCAUGCAGUUCUAAGUUCCACUUAAUUAAAAAUCCUGCUGCAAGUAUUUUAUAUUCCAUCCAUGGAUUUUAGGUCUUUCUAAUAAAAAUUAGAACAGUUUGCCUUCAGGCUGAUUGUCUUAGUUAUUGGAAUGUAACUGGCUAUUUGUGCACCACAUGCCAUAUCUGCUUAUUUGUUCCACUUCUUGACCAACGUGUCUGUUUAUUGUUGCAAGAAACAACGGGAUAUAAAACUAGAUUAACUUAAUUUCAAAAUUUGCAAUGAGUAUUGAAUAACACAGUCCUAACAAAAUAGUGAAGGCUAGACCUUACCAGCAUUAACACAUUCAAAUAAGCCUACAUAGCAAAGAGCCACAAAACUGGUUCAUUAUGAUUAAAGUAAGUCAAAUUCUUAAGAAAUAUAAUAACAUUUAUAUAUAUAUAUAGCGCAGCACCACCAAGGUAUGCACUUAUUUUUCCACCGUGCUUGAGGAUCUCAGGUAUUGCUGUUGUCCUUGUAAUCAAAAGCAGUCACCAGUAAUCUAUAGUUAUGUAAACACAGAAAUCCUUUUAUCUUUGUAUACUAACUCAUUCACAUUAAGGCUCUAUUGAUAACAUAUAUCUUCUGAUAUGCUUGCUGGUAUUCUUAAAGCCUUUCUGUUACCCUGAGAAGUUGCUAAUACCCUACAAAUUUUGUUGUUUGGCCUCCAUGGCUUGCAUUAUUGAUUGUUUAAGAUUAUGUUGCAGAACUUUUACUUAUUCAUUUGAAUAAAGAGUCUUAUUAUAUUAUCAUAGUUCUUCCUUUAAUAGUUGCUUACCAUGCACAAAGGCUCUUCCCCUGCUACAGACAAAUAGAAACAAAGAACAUCAUUGGCAUACAACCUAACAUAUUCCAUGUAUAGAGGCAACACAUCUUAGGUACACCAACUUUAAAAGAGACAUGUACUUUAAAUAAAAACAGUAACAGUAAAAAAUAAAAAUAAAACACAUUUUUUAAUUGCAUACAAAAAAAAAUAAGAUGGAUUACAAGUGGCAGAAAUGGUUGAUGUUCUAAAUAAUCUUAUACCAUAACUCUUGUGCAAUGCUUUAUGAUCGGUGCUUCAGCUAAGCAAAUAUUUACAGGACAGCCAGAAGAAGGGGUAAUUGGAAGCAAGUCCUCCAGAGAACUAUCAGGGUAUUAAGCAUAUUAAGAAUUGCAAUUGCUUAUGAAUAAAUAUCAACUCCUAGUGCAAAACAUCAUAAGCAUUUUCACUUAUUUUGUUUCGCCCUUCCUCUUUGUGGCUGGAUGUAUAUAAUAUUGUACAUAUUUUAACAAGAAUUGAUAAAGAUUGCUCUCUCUUCUGGGUUUCUCCAACUUUUGUCUGGAGGACUUGGCCUCGGUCAACUUACCUGUGUAUUUUCGCAUCUGUGUUAACACUUAAGUGUUAGCUGGAAAACCAGACAAGAAUGAGCCUUCAUUAUAAUCAGCCCUGAUCUCAGUAUUAAUUCCCAUAUCUAUGGGCUUGACCCCUUUAUUACCGAGCAGUUUACAAAACCAAUACCUCCAGAACCGGAGUAUGUUGCGUGUUUUGAAAAGUAAUGUUUAACCCCUUUAAGGACUGAGCCAAACGUACACGUUUUGAUCAAAAUAAAAUGUAAACAAAAUCUGGAAUUUGACUAUAUGUCUGUUCAACAGUAAUUCACCUCUUUCAUUUUAAGUAGACCCACACUUGUUUAUAUAUCAUUUUAUUCAGGGGAAAUAGGGCUUUCAUUUAACAUUAACUAUUUAGCUAUGAAACAUAAUUUAAUAGGAAUAAAAUAUAAAAAAUAAAUUGAGAUAUUAAAUAUUUGUUUUAGUUCUACAUGACAUUUUAUCUGUGAAUGUCAUAAUACUGUUAGCUUUUACUGCAAUACAUUACACAUAUUUGUAUUCAAUGAUGUCACAUGUGUAAAACAGUACCCCCUAAGUACAGGUUUUAUGGUGUUUUGGGAAGUUACAGGGUCAAAUGUAGCAUGUUAAAUUUUUUUGUUUUUUUCACAUUAAAAUAUGCCAGAUUUGUUACGUUGCCUUUGAGACCGUAAGGGAGCCCAGGAAUGAGAAUUCAUUGUAUGCACAGUUUUUUUUUUUUUUUUUUUAUGUGGUUCACUUUUUUAACAUUGAAAUUCGCCAGAUUGGUUACUUUGCCUCUGAGACUGUAUGGUAGCCCAGGAAUGAGAAUUACCCCCAUGAUGGCAUACCAUUUGCAAGAGUAGACAACCCAAGGCAUUGCAAAUGGAGUAUGUCCAUUAUUUUCUAGUAGCCACUUGGUCACAAACACUUGAAAAAGUUAGCAUUAAUAUUUGUUUGUGUGUGAAAAAUGCAAAAAACUAAUUUGAAUGCCAAUUUUGGCCAGUGUUUGUGACUAAGUGGCUACUAAAAAAGACUGGACAUACCCCAUUUGCAAUACCUUGGGUUGUCUACUUUUGCAAAUGGUAUGCCAUCAUGGGGGUAAUUCUCAUUCCUGGGCUACCAUACAGUCUCGAAAGCAAAGUAACCAAUCUGACAAAUUUCAAUGUAAAAAAACUGAAACACAAGCCUUAUAUUUGACUCUCUAACUUUUGAAAACACCAUAAAACAUGUACAUGAUGGGGUAAUGUUAUACUCAGGAGACUUCGCUGAACACAAAUAUUAGUGUUACAAAACCGUAAAACAUAUCACAAGAAUGAUAUCGUCAGUGUAAGUGCUGUUUGUGUGUGAAAAAUGAAAAAACCAAAUUUUCACUGAUAAUAUCGUUGUAAUACAUUUUUAUUUUUUCAAAACAUUAAUAUUUGUGUUCAGCGAAGUCUCCUGAGUAGAACAGUGUGGCGAAACCGACCUCGCCACUGGGCAUUGGAGAAGACUGAUUGCCAGCCUCCUGCCAUGUGACUAUGGCCCCUGGGAUGUAUUGCUCUUUAAAGACAUGAUUUGGGCAUUUGUGUUGUGCUGCUGCUGGCCCUUUAAGAACCAUCUGGGGACAUACUGUGGAGUUACUGGGUGGCCACCAUUUCCUGUAUCAGAGGCACAUGGUGAGAACAAUGGAUGAAGCACAUGGUAAGAACAAUGGAUGGCGGCCAAUUUAACUCACAGACACUGUUUAGAUUUUUCAACACGGUGCCAUCUCGCCGGUAUUUAGUGAACAGAGACAUUGUGCAGUGAUUUUGGACUAUACAACAGGAGACACAUUAUACAGUAAUUGUUUUUCAUUUAGCCUGCAUAUGUUCUGUGGAAUCUGCAUUAAACUGUAUCUUCCAAAGUACUGAACGGAUCUGGGUGAAUUUUGGAUAUGUGGUUCACCCAGAUCCCCCGGUUCCAAUGAUACACUUUUUAUGGGGUUAUUGCAUGUUUUGGGGUCCCUGUGAUGUGUUUUAUGAUACUGUAUUUCUCUGCCUGUGAUAAUUAGAUUAACCAUUGUGUUCAGUAAUCAUAUCACAGGCAGAGGGGAGGAUUUUGUGUGGGAGUGUCUGUGUGUAUUGUACAGAUUGAUUGGUUGUUCUGUAAAACCCUGUGGGCAGUACUAAGUUUGUGGAUUGGGAAUAAAAGAGGCUGUAUGUGCCCUACAGUCAGUUCCUGCUUAACCCUCAAAGUGAAGUGUCGUCUCAUUAUAGGGGAAGGAUUUAUUGUAUGCUGUUCCAGUUUGACUGCUAGGAGUCUAAACCCAUCCAUAUGGUUUUUGCCUAUUCAGCUGUUUAUAGCAUUCAUAUGCUUAGAAGUACUCAUAUGCUUCUCCGGUUCGGUGAUUGUGGUGUCUGCCAGAGUGCUUGGAGUCCUCAGGAAACGCUAGGAGCAUCCUUUAACAGAGGUACCCAGUCGGGGUGCCAGGUGAUCCGUUACAAAUAGUAGCCCCAUGUACAGGUUUUAUGCUGUCUUGGAAAGUUACAAGGUUAAAUAUAGUCUAGCAAAUUAAAUUCUCUGGACUUUCUGCCUGGGUCCCGCAAACUAUAAUGAAUAAAAUGACUUAAUUAUGUAGAAUAUACAUAUGUGUGUGUGUAUAUAUAAUAUAUAUAUAUAUAAUUUUUUAAAAUUGUUUUUUAUGUACGUGUGUGUGUGUGUGUGUGUGUGUAUAUAUAUAUAUAUAUUAUAUAUAGUAAUAUACAUAUAUAUUUAUGUAUAUAUAUAUAUUAUUUCAUUCUAAUUAUAUUUUGAUAUCAAUAUAUAUUAAUAUCAAAAUACAGUUACAUAGUUACAUAGUUACAUAGCUGAAAAGAGACUUGCGUCCAUCAAGUUCAGCCUACCUCACAUUUGUUUUUUGCUGUUGAUCCAAAAGAAGGCAAAAAAAAACCAGUUUGGAGCACAAUUUUGCAACAAGCUAGGAAAAAAAUUCCUUCUUGACCCCAGAAUGGCAGUCAGAUUUAUCCUUGGAUCAAGCAGUUAUUACCCUGCAUUGAAAGAUUAUAUCCUUGAAUAUUCUGUUCUUGCAAGUAUGCAUCUAGUAGCCGUUUGAACAUCUGUAUGGACUCUGAUAAAACCACUUCCUCAGGCAGAGAAUUCCACAUCCUGAUUGUUCUUACAGUAAAAAAACCUUUCCUUUGCCUUAGACGAAAUCUUCUUUCUUCCAGUCUAAACGCAUGGCCUCGUGUCCUAUGUAAAGUCCAGUUUGUGAAUAGAUUUCCACACAAUGGUUUGUAUUGGCCCCGAAUAUAUUUGUAUAAUGUUAUCAUAUCCUCUCUCAGGCGACGUUUUUCUAAACUAAAUAGGUUUAAAUUUGUUAACCUUUCUUCAUAGCCGAUAUGUUCCAUUCCUUUUAUUAAUUUUGUAGCCCGCCUCUGCACUUUUUCUAGUGCCAUAGUAUCCUUCUUUAGAACAGGUGCCCAAAAUUGCACAGCAUAUUCAAUAUGGGGUCUUACCAGUGAUUUAUAAAGAGGCAAAAUUAUAUUCUUGUCCUGAGAAUGAAUGCCCUUUUUCAUGCAUGACAAUACCUUACUGGCCUUGGCCACUGCUGAUUGACAUUGCACAUUGUUGCAUAGUUUGUUGUCUAUAACAAUUCCCAAGUCCUUUUCAUGUGUUGUUAUCCCUAAUUCGCUUCCAUUAAGGGUAUACGUUGCUUGUGUAUUCUUUACGCCGAAGUGCAUAACUUUGCAUUUUUCAACAUUAAAUUUCAUCUGCCAUUUGAGUGCCCAGUCCCCCAGUCUAUCUAAAUCCCUCUGCAGCAAAGUAAUAUCUUGCUCACAUUGUAUUGUUUUACAAAGUUUGGUGUCAUCUGCAAACACUGAAACAUGACUUUCAAUGUGGUCUUCAAGAUCAUUUAUAAACAUGUUAAAUAGAAGGGGUCCCAGAACAGACCCCUGAAGGACACCACUUGCCACCUCUGUCCAGUUAGAAUGAAAUUACACGUAUCUAUUUUUUUUGGUUAUUUUUUUAAUACAUUUUUUUUAAUAUAUAUAUAUAUAUAUAUAUAUACAAAAAUAUACAAAAAUACUCUUGGCACUCACCCAUUAAAAACUUUUUUCUUUUUAUCUUUGAUAUCUUUGCCUGGGUGCAAACCUCAGCGUGAAUAUGUAUAUUUUUCAUAGAAAAAAGGUGCACUCACAGGACUUCUUCCAUCAGUGAUUUUAUUCUAAGUUGUGCAUUACAUUCGUAAUCUUCAAUCAACGUUUCGACCCCUAAAGGGUCUUUUUCAAGAUCAAUAUAACAGUGAAAUGAACAUGUAUAUAUAGGUAGAUAAAUGAAAUAAUCACUUACCCAACAGGUGUGUGGAGAUGAAUUCCCGCCCGGCCGCCCGAAACCCGGAAGUGAGUAGGUGCGACCACGUGACUGAGCGUGAUGACGCGUGUCACAAGUGUCGUUGCUAAGCAACGUAAACAAAUCCUUCGUGAUUAUUUAUUUUACUACGAGCUCAAAGACAGCUCGAAGAGAGAACAUCAAAUUGUGUGUCAAGUGCCCAGUGAAUUUAAAAUAAGUCCUAAACCAAAGGGACACCCAAAAGUUUAUAAACAAUACCAUGAAGAGGAAUAUAUACAAUGUGGCCAUCUGAGACUAUAGACUGACAGCAUACACCAGCUAAACUGUAUACAGAUGAUACAGCAAGUGCUACUAAUGUGCAAAUUUAUGUUAGUCAAAAAUAAACCUAAUGCCAAAUAACUCUGGAAAUAUAAACUGUCAGAAAAAAUAUAUUCAAUCUCAUAGCACAAUGAAAUAAUUAUGUGAAAAUCUAUACACAACCACUAUUAUAGAGCAAGCUGAAUGUCUAUUUAUGUUACUAAAAAACACAUUAUGCAAAAAAUUACCAUAAACUUAGUGUUGUUAUUACUACUAAAUUUAUAGCAGAAUCUAGCCUUAAACAUUAGUGAAUAACUUAUAUGGCAAUAUUAUCCAUAUUCCUUAACAAUAGAGCAACCUAUUAUAAUAAGGGACUAAAAGUUUGUUUUGGAAAUCUACAUUAUACCCAGACUAAACAUUUGAUACAUCUAACCUCCAAAUAAAUACAUUGGCAACAUCGGAGAUAUAGUAUCUACUAUUAACGUGCACAAGUAUAACAUGCAAUAAUUACCAAUAUAUCAGAUUCAAUAACCAAACCAUAUUACAUUGUAUGAUUAAAUAACCUGCAGAUCAAAAUAAAUCAUAUCUAAAUCCAAGUGAUCAUGUCCAAUUCAUAGGAACAUCGAAUACGUAUUAUAUUCAUUCAAACCUCUGGGAGUAACUGUAUCCAGAGCAAAAAUCCAAUAUGCUUCCCUUUGGAGCAAUGUUCUAGAUCUGUCACCCCCUCGAGGUAAAGGGGGGACAUGAUCUAUAGCCAUGAAUUUCAGUGUGGGAAGUCUGUGUGAAGCCGCCAGAUAAUGUUUGGCUACUGGUUUGUCCGUUUUUAAAUCUCUAAAGGCUGUCAUGAUUCCAGAUCUAUGGCCUCGGAUGCGAUCACGAAGAGUGAGAUCCGUCUUCCCUACAUAGGAUAACCCGCAAGGACAGGUAAUAAGAUAAAUCACAUGAUCUGUAGUGCAUGUGAUAUGAUGUGAAAUUUUCAUUCUUUUCCCACUAUGAGGGUGAGCGAACGUGUUCCCAGAGACCAUAUGACUGCACGUAACACAACCGCUACAUCUGUAGCAUCCAGGCUUCUUGUGUAUUAUUUUUCUCUGGUAACUUUGUAUGGGAUCGUUGCGGAUUAGAAUAUCUCUUAGAUUUCUAUUUCUUCUGUAGCUGAUAAUAGGUUUCCUGUUGAAAAUAGGAGGUAGAAGUUUGUCCGAAUUGAGUAUAUCCCAGUGUUUUUCAAUGGAUUUACGAAUUUGUGUAGUACCUGUAUGGUAAGUGAGAGGUAGGUAAAUUUUAGGUGGAUCUGAGUUAGGUUUAACUUGUAUGUUGUUUUUCUCCUGUGUCCAUUUCUCAAUGGCACGGGAUUUUGCUUUCUCCAAUGUUUGAAUCUGGUACCCUCUUUCUUGAAACCUAAGGGUCAUUUCUUGUAGUUGUAUUUCUCGUUUUUUCUUAUCACUAUUAUAUCGUAAAACCCGCAUGUACUGGGAUAUAGGCAAAGCAUCUUUAAAAUGUUGUGGGUGAUAACUAUUGCUUGAGAGAAGAGUAUUUCUAUCUGUGCUUUUGCGAUGGAGUGUGUGACCAAGUUUAUUUCCAUCUUUAUAUAUGGUGACGUCCAAAAAGGGUAUUUCUUUCUCACUGUAUACCAGUGUAAAUUUAACUGGUGACUUCAGAUUAUUAAGAUGGAGUACCAUGUCUUCCAGUUCUUUAGAUGGCCCUUUCCAUAUAAUGAAUACGUCAUCAACAAAGCGAUAAUAGGCCAGAAUCUUGGUCUGAGUUGGUUUUAAAAUGUGCCGUUGUUCAAAUUGGAACAUAUAGGCAUUGGCAUAUGAGGGUGCCAUAGCCGCUCCCAUCGCUGUCCCCGUAAGUUGUAAAUAGAAUAACUCUUCAAACUUAAAGUAAUUACAAGUGAGUGCAAUGUCUAAAAACUCCAGAAGGUACUCAAUCGGUGGUCCUCUAUAUUUGUCAGAUAUCAUGAGUAUUUCUUUAAGAGCUUCUAUACCUCCCAUAUGGGGUAUGAUGGUGUAUAAGCUUUGUACAUCUAAGGUAGCAAGUAUUAUAUUGUCCUGUUCGUGGAACGAAAUUUUGUGUAAUUUGUUCAAUAGAUCUUUGGUAUCCCGAAUACAUGUGGGUAGUUCCAGGACACUAUCCUUAAUAUGAAAAUCCACAUAUUUUGCUAUAGGUUCAAGCAAACUUCCUCUGGCAGACACGAUGGGCCUGCCUGGGGGGUUCUUGGUAUCUUUGUGAAUUUUCGGGAUGGUGUAUAAUACUGGAUGUAUCGGAUGUUCCACAAAUAAAUAUUUCGAUGUUGAUGUGUCUACAUAACCCAUUUGUAAACCUAUCAUAAUAUGUUCCUUAAUCCUCUUUUGAAAUUUAAUAGUGGGAUCAAAAGUUAAUCGUCGGUAAGUGGUAAUAUCUGUCAAUUGUCGCAUAAUUUCUGUUCGAUAUUGACAAUAUGUCAUGAUGACAAUGGCUCCGCCUUUAUCUGCAGCCCGAAUAAUAAUCUCGGCAUCUUGUUUUAGAUCUUUGAGUGCUGCCCAUUCUCCUUUGGUAAGAUUCUGUCUGUGAUCCGGUGGUUUCCUAAUGAUACGUUCAUUAUCUUUCUUUAAAACUUGCAUGAAAGUUUUAAUAGAGUUACUUGAUGUUUUCAUCUCCGAAGUAUAUUUUACUUUAAAUGGAUUCUUCAAAAUGUGUGAUUGAACUUCUUUCCGAUGUUCAUUAUUAAUAAGCGUCCGUUGUAGUUGAUACAUCUCCACUUCCAUCUUAAAAGGAUCUGGUUUAGACACUGGAACAAAUGUUAAUCCUUUGGAGAGUACUGAAUAAUGAUCUGGUGUCAAAAUUUUGUAGGAAAGAUUAAAGACAUUGGUUACCUCUUUCGUACGGGUGGCUUGCCCUUGGAACUUAUGUUUCUGUGUUCCCUUCUGUCCUCUACGUGGGACUCUAUUCUUCUUAUACCUCUGGUGUCCAUUCGGGAUAUCCCCGGAGACUCUUGGGAUGCC